AUGGCAGCAGGCUAUGGAGCCGCCGCAGGCGGCGCUGGGAAGAACAAGCGGAUCUUGGCACUGUUCGAUGUGGAUGGCACCCUCACGGAGCCGCGGAAGGUGGUGUCGCCAGAGACCGUUGCCUAUCUCCAGGCCCUACGCGAGAAGAUCUCCAUAGGGGUUGUUGGAGGCUCUGACCUCGCCAAGCAGAAAGAGCAGCUCGGAGACAGUCCCAACCUCUUCGAUUUCUGCUUCUCAGAGAAUGGAUUGCUGGCAUACAAGGAUGGCGCAAAGAUUGGUGAGACCUCGAUAGUGCAACAUCUCGGCGAGGAAAAGCUGAAGAAGCUUGUCAACUGGGUGCUCAAGUACUUCUCAGAGUUAGACAUUCCUGUGAAGCGGGGUACCUUCGUGGAGUUCCGCCAGGGCAUGCUGAACCUCUCCCCCAUCGGUCGUAACUGCAGCCGCGAAGAGC